AUGUUUCUGGCUGGGGAGGUCCGGGAGGGCCUGGUGUGCGCGGUGAUGUACAUGGUCCAGAGGCGCUACAGCCGCGUGGCCCUGCUCUUCAACCAGCUCAUGUUGCUCCCCGACUGGGUCCUGGCCGACGCGGACACGCUGGAACAGUUCACCGCCGACGUCGAGGAGGCGGCCGACAAGACGCUGGUCUUCCCCGCCAACGGCAGCGGUCAAGUUUUUUCGGCAGACGAGGUCCCCACCCUCAAGUUUGCCGCCCUGCUCGAGCAGCUGGCCCUGUUGGCUCCGAGGUACGAGUUCCAGCUGCCCCCGUACUUCCUGAACAACGCGCGGGCGCUGGGCUGCCUCGAGGGAAUGGCUCGGGCUGCGGACCCGGGCUUCAACAUACUGGGCCAGAUGUACCCCUGGGCGCUGCGGCGCCUGUCUGCGCGCGCGGCGCUCGACCUCCUGGGCUCCGCGGCGGCGCUGCGGGGGCUGUCGCGCCGGGCGGCCGCCCUGGACGUGCUCAGGUUCCCCGAGGGGCGCGCGCUUGCGGCAGGGGUCGCGCGGGACGAGGUCUGUCGCCUGCUGAGGCACUUUGCCGCAGCGGCGGGCCUCAUGUUCAAGGCCAGGGCCCCGCCGAAGAACAGGAGAAAGAACGACGGCGGCGACGGCGUGGUGGAUCUCGCCGAGGAGGACGACCUCGACGUCACAAAGGGCAAGCUUCGGGAGGUGCGCGAGCUGCAGCACGAGCACUGGUGGAAGCCGAAGGGCGUCGACGCCAACGCCCAGGUGAAGCAGCGCGCCGAAGAGAAGGAGGACGAGGAGGAGGAGGACCACUGGGGCCUCGACACCGGCUUCGCCGGCUCCACCGUCCAGAAAGGUGGUCCCGACAAGCACAUGGAGGACUUCAUCAACGAGCGGCUGAAUCUGAAGAAGCAGGAGGAGGUCAAGGCCAAGGAGAAGACCCGCGAGGAGAAGCUCUUCGAGAUCCCCGAGUCGCUGCAGGUGGAGGACGCCCAGGCCGAGGCGAAGGAGAAGAUGAGCUGGAUGGCCGGCCUGGCCGAGGUGCCCCUGGGCGUCGAGUACAAGAUCGCCAACAUCGAGGCCACCGAGAAGGCCAAGCGCGAGUUCCUCUACGGCGAGGGCGCCGGCGCCAGCAAGGGGGCCGCGGCUGUGAUGGAGCCAGACGCGGUGACGCGGAAGGCCUUCGGCUCCCGGUUUAUGCACUUCGCGGACAGGACCGGCGUUGUCUUCUGCGCCCAGCUCGGGAGGGCAGGAGGGCAUCAAUGA